AUGUCAACCGGUCUACGGAUAUUAGUGCCCAUCAAGCGGGUGAUCGACUAUGCGAUCAAACCCCGCAUCAACAAAACUCAAACGGGAGUCGAGACAAACGUUAAACACUCCCUAAACCCCUUCGAUGAACUCUCCGUCGAAGAAGCCGUCCGCCUUCGCGAGCGCAAAGACUCCCCAAUGAAAGUCGAAAACAUCCUCGCCCUCUCCGCCGGCGGUCCUAAAACCCCCGACGUCCUCCGCACAGCAAUGGCCAUGGGCGCCGACCGCGCAUUCCACAUUGACGUUCCCGAAUCCGCCGACGGCGGCCCCGAACCCCUCACAAUCGCCAAACUACUCCGCGGCGUUGUUGAGAAGGAGAACAUCAAUCUCGUGCUGCUGGGCAAGCAGGCGAUUGACGGCGAUCAGGGCCAGACGGGACAGAUGCUUGCUGGGUUACUGGGGUGGCCGCAGGCGAACCAGGCUAGCAAGGUUGAGAUCAAGGACGCGAGCGGCACUGUUGAGGUUACGCAUGAGGUUGAUGGAGGUGUUGAGACUUUGCGGGCUAAGUUGCCUAUGGUUAUUACUACUGAUUUGCGGUUGAAUGAGCCCCGGUAUGCUAGUUUGCCUAAUAUCAUGAAGGCAAAGAAGAAGCCGCUGGAGAAGAAGACGCUGGGUGAUUUUGGGGUUGAGGAUCAGCGGAGAUUGAAGACUAUUCAGGUUACUGAGCCCCCGCCACGCCAGGGUGGUGGCAAGGUUGAGGACGUUGACGGUCUCGUUUCCAAGCUGAAGGAGCUUGGUGCGCUGUAA